AUGUCGUUUCAGCAACUGGAAAAUGAGUCCACUAGUGACGCGUGGGAGAGAUUCAAAGAGCUUUUAAGAAAAUGCCCACACCACGGUAUCCCACAUUGUAUACAAAUGGAGACAUUCUACAAUGGUCUCAAUGCAGCCUCUCGAAUGGUUUUGGACGCUUCAGCCAAUGGAGCCAUUCUUUCCAAGUCUUACAACGAAGCAUUUGAGAUUUUGGAAAGGAUUGCAAGUAACAACUACCAAUGGUCAAAUACUAGAGCUCCUACAAGCCGAAAAGUAGCGGGUGUUCUUGAAGUAGAUGCUCUAACCACUCUAGCCGCCCAAAUGGCCUUAAUGACCAACAUUUUAAAGAACAUGAGUAUGGGAGGAAAUGUACAGCCAGCUGCUGCCAUUCAAAGUGCAGAAGUAUCAUGUGUGUAUUGUGGGGACGGGCAUACUUUUGAGAAUUGCCCUUCAAAUCCAGCUUCGGUCUUCUAUAUGGGUAAUCAAAACUCCAACCGCAACAACAACCCAUAUUCUAACACUUACAAUCCAGCUUGGAGGCAUCAUCCAAAUCUGUCAUGGGGGGGUCAAGGAGCAAGUUCAAGUGGAGCACCAACACACGAAAAACAGUCAUAUCCACCGAGAUUUUCUCAACAACCAAGACCUCAACAACGACACCAACCUCAAGGCUCUCAAACAAGUUCUUUGGAGAAUUUAAUGAGAGAUUAUAUGGCCAAGAAUGACGCUGUAAUUCAAAGCCAGGCAGCUUCUCUUCGGAAUUUGGAAAUUCAAUUGGGGCAUUUAGCUAAUGACUUGAAAAAUCGACCUCAAGGUUCCUUGCCUAGUGACACCGAAAAUCCAAGGAGGGAUGGAAAAGAGCAGUGCAAAGUGGUGACUUUGAGGAGUGGGAAAAAUCUGGAGUUAAAUGAGGAGAAAGAUAAACGAAAAAACGAGCCCACUUCAAUCCAAACAGAAGGAGAAUCUAGUAAAAAACCAGCAAGUGAAGCUACUGAAACUGGCCCAGUUGAUACAGCAUUGGGUCAGCAAUCUGUUCCAAUAAAGUCUAUACCAAAACUGCCCCCACCAUUUCCUCAGCGGUUUCGAAAACAACAGCAAGAUGGGCAGUUCAGGAAAUUUCUGGAUGUUUUAAAACAGCUCCACAUCAAUAUUCCCUUAGUUGAAGCAUUGGAACAAAUGCCAAACUACGUCAAGUUUUUAAAAGAUAUUUUGACGAAAAAAAGAAGGCUGGGAGAGUUUGAGACUGUUGCUCUUACAGAAGGUUGCAGCGCCAUGUUGAAGAGUAAAAUUCCUCCUAAGUUGAAGGAUCCGGGUAGCUUUACAAUUCCUUGCUCUAUUGGUGGAAGAGAUGUGGGUAGAGCUUUAUGUGACUUGGGAGCUAGUAUUAACUUGAUGCCCAUGUCUAUUUUUAAGAAGUUGGGAAUUGGAGAAGUGAGGCCAACUACGGUCACUUUGCAAUUGGCAGAUCUUUCUAUGGCACACCCGGAAGGAAAAAUUGAAGAUGUUCUAGUGCAAGUUGAUAAGUUCAUUUUUCCGGCCGAUUUCAUCAUUCUUGAUUAUGAAGUGGAUAGAGAUGUUCCCAUUAUCUUGGGUAGGCCAUUUAUAGCUACUGGGAGGACCUUGAUUGACGUGGAAAAAGGGGAGCUCACAAUGAGAGCUCAAGAAGAACAGGUAACUUUCAAGGUAUUCAAUCCUAUACGUUCUCCAGAUGAAGUAGGAGAUUGUUUGGCCAUCACUGUCAAGAACUCUAAUAUGGAGGAAGAGGUACCCACAAGGUAUAGCAAGAAAGUGAGGAUGAGGCUAUCUCUUAAAGAAUUUGAGAGCAACAAUGAACUAGGGGCAAGUAUAAACAAGGCAUCGUCUCAUUUGCAAGAGCCACGUAGAAAGAAGAAAAAGAAGUGUGGUCGGAAAGCUCAUUCCCAAAGGUUUGAAGUGGGGCAGCGGGUGUAUUUCUCUAAUUCUAAAAUGAAAGCAAGUUCCAGACAGCCAGCAUCAAGUUUCUUUGAUUCCUUCUUGAUAAUUAAAGUCUUUCCUUUUGGUGCAUUGGACUUGCGUGAUGAAAUUUCAGAAAGAGAGUUUAAAGUGAAUGGCCAGCAACUUAAGCACUACCUUGGAGGGGAGGUCGAUAGAGCAAAGACCUCCAUCAUUUGGAAGGAUGCUUGA